GUCAUACCUCAAAGCCAAUCAACCAACCAACCAACCAAACCAACAAUCAAAAUGAAAUUCUUCCAAGCCGCCGCCCUUCUCCUGGCCAUGUUCGCCGCCCUGGCCAACGCCGAGCCCGUUCCCCAACCUGGAACUGUGCUCAUCCAGACCGACAACACCCAGUACAUCCGCACCGGCUAGAACCAGAUACAAUGACUUUCAAACUGUCAUGCCAUUGAUUUUGUAAAUAAAAUUUAUUAAAUUUAAAAUCUA